CUCCUAUAUAAACACGAGGCGACGACUUGGGGACCUUGGCCGAGUCCUUUCUGGUCACUGAACAAGUACGACGAGGCUGUGGCUGAGUCAAUCUAUCUCUCACCUUUCAAAUCCCUCUUUCUCACCUCUCACUCACCAUCUACGUCAUCAUAAAUAACCAUCACAACCACCACAACCACUAAGGUCACCACUACCACUCCACUUCAGAGUAUCACAGACUCCGUCACCACCACCACCACCAUCAUGAGAUCACUGGGCUUCGUCACCUCAAUCGCCGUUAUUGUGGUCAUCGUCAUCGUCAAUGAGACUGGUGCAGCACCAAGAUGCAACCAAGGAGGCAACAGAUUACCAGCCAACAACUGCAAGUACGGCACUGUGGUGGACUGGUGCGGUGGCUCCGUGUGUGCCAAGGGCCCGGGUGAGGCGUGUGGGGGUGAGUGGUCGGAGAACGGUGAGUGUGGGGCCGGCACUUACUGCUCCUGCGGCUACUGUAACGGCUGCUCCGCGAAUCUAGAAUGUUGGUUCGGCAGCUACUGUUAGCUGGAUCAUCACACGCUGCUCAUAAGUGUUGUGUAUUCUUUCAACUUGAACCCCUUCUUUUCGGUGGCACCCAUCGCUGGCACACACCUUGCAUGGUACCCUGGGUCACCCUGUCCUCUGUCUCUCUCUCCCACUUUGUCACACUAAACAGGGAUAAGUGCGAAAUAGCGACAAUUUCUAAUUUUUAAUGCGGAAUUUCAAUAUAUAUAUAUAUAUAUAUAUAUAUAUAUAUAUAUAUAUAUAUAUAUAUAUAUAUAUAUAUAUAUAUAAAAGAUAAUA